CAAGGCGAUUUAGUAAACAAAGUGAUGUCAAAAGACCAUCUUUAAUUCAGUUGUCUUGCCGCAACUGCUAAAUUUCGAGGAUUUUGUGUGAGCAGCGUGCAGCCAGACUGUGUAGCACGAUGGCGACAUACAACGAUCAAGAUCGUGAUCUUAUUCGCAUCACGCAUUACAUCAAUCCACACAAUUUCUGGUACAAGCAAGAGACCGCUUACCUGUACAAUGCCGAGGAUCAAAAUUUUCAGAUGGAAGUUAAUGAAUUUUGCGAAACCACUUAUGGUCGGGGAAACAUCAGCAGUGGUUUGUACACGCCCCGACAGAAAGGUGAACUGGUAGCCGUAUUCUACGUUCAGUUAACCCGUUGGGUACGGGCGGAAGUGGAUGACAUCCUUGAAGAGCUGAACGGCCAGGUGCACUGCAAUCUGUGGGUAAUUGACGAGGGUGUACCAAUCAAAACUACUUGCCGGUAUAUCAAGCCAUUGCCCGAGAGGUUCGCUGCGGUCCGAACUCACGUGAAGCGCGGUGGUUUGGAGAGAAUACUACCAGCUGAAAGUGGUUAUGAUUAUCUGCAAGGAAAGACUGUUAAAAAAAUGACCAGGGACUGGUGUCCUGGAAUUGUACGCGUUUUUGAAAGCUGCAUCGAGGAGGCGGUAUCUUUAAGUUUUUGCAACGUGCGACGCCACCAGGUUACUGAAAUUGAUAUGUUUUUUGGAACGAUGAAAAUUACCUCACACCAGAAUGUUACCAACGAUGCUAUUGAUUUGCUGAAAAAGGCCGGCGGUGAGCUAGUGAUGAUUGUAGAUGAAGCUGAGUUUUACGAUAAUCUUCCCAUUUUACGAACAAUGGAUAUGCAAAGAUUUGAAGAUAACGACCGCAAUGAAAACAUGAAGUACCACACGAAUACUUUUCGUCCUGAGUUCUCACCCCACAAGAUUUACAAAGAAUCGAAAAAAAUGCGCUCUCGAAAUAGUUACAUGAUCGAACAAGCACGCGAAAAAGUGUUUGAAUGGGACAAGCGCAAUAUCGCAUCAUCCGUAGUGACAACAACCGACGUCGUACCAGAACCGUUCAGUGAUGUUCAAUCUCAGAUACAACUUAAGCCGAUUGUUGAGACAAGUCAAUCUCUAAGGGGACCAAAUCGCCAAAGCUCAGAAUUGCAAUAUACUGAACUAGUCAACGAGACCAUCUCGGAUGAUGAAGAGCCACCCAAGAUUGAACUGCAAAUAGGCUCCUCAAUUAAGCCAGUCAGGUUAGCACCAGUCUUAAAAACAGAUGCCUCGAAGACGCCUCGACAGGCACCGGCAUAUCAGCGUCCACAGAACAGAUGCGGCUAUGAUAAAAACGUUGCGGAUAUUCUUCCUGCUUUGAACAAGAUCAAAUUACGUCGCCAGCCAAUGGACAGUAACCGCCUUGCGCUUCAUAAUGAACACGACAGUGCCAAUAAAUCUAACGGAAGAACCGCUUCUGUAAUUAACCUUGUGCCCGCUGGUUACAACCUGGGCAACAUAGACUUAUCCACUGGAUCGGUGAUACUCGGUGCUGAGAGGCAGAGCAAAUGUGAGGAAGCUAAAAGUCCAACAGAUUUCUUAAAUCGCGUUCCCAAGAAGACGGCCCAAAGUAAGCUAAGAAUGCGAAAAAAUCGCACCCUCCACCGUCGUCCCCACGAUGACGAACUGGAUUCUUCGUUCGAGGAAACAAUGGUUCAGAAGCUGACAAUUAACCCACCCAAAGUGAAUGACGACGAUAAAUGGUGAAGUACCUUUUGAAGUUUUUUUUUCGCUAUUGUUAUCUUGUUGUAUCGCGCCAUAAAAUUAAUUCACUAUUACUACUAUGGUAUUGAAUACCGUGAUACCUAAAAGUUCGAUGUAAAAUAUAUAUUCCAAUUAAAUAUUAUUGUUUCCUUUAAAUUCAACUAUAUGACCGA